AGCGAGCUUACUGGCUUCAUCUAAGGGAAUCCAAUGGAUCUAAGAGGGUACUUCAACAGGAUUGGGUUUACUGGCCCAUAUGACAAACCUGAGCUGGACACUUUGCGCACCAUCCACAUGCUCCAUGUUAUGAACAUUCCAUUUGAAAACUUGAGCAUCCACUGCGGAGAGAAGAACACGACAGACCUGAACAUCAUCUAUCAUAAACUAGUCAAAAGCAAUCGCGGAGGCUGGUGUUGUGAAAACAACCUCCUGUUCUCAUGGGUCCUAAAGGAGAUGGGUUACAAAUACACCACACUAGGCUCCAAGGUGUUCAACAAGUUCCAAAAUGAUUUCUAUUCUGUCGACUCUCACCUCAUCAAUAUGGUAGAGAUUGAUGGGAAGUUUUACCUAACAGAUGUGAGCUAUGGAGUGUCAUGCCAACUGUGGUAUCCUUUAGAGAUGAUAUCGGGUAAAGAUCAGCCACAACCUCCCGGUGUGUUCCGGCUCCUAAAAGAAGGGGUGAGGUGGACUUUGGAGAAAACAUCAAGAAAGCAAGUGGUCAAAGAUAAGGCCUAUGCUAAUUCCAGCCUCAUUGACAAGCGCCUGACGAAAACAAUGUACAGCUUUCCAUUAACACCUCGUGCUAAAGAGCAUUUCGUGGAUACGCUGGAUUGCCUACAGACCAGUCCUGAUUCUAGAUUUGUGCUGAAGUCCAUUUGCUCCCUUCAGUUACCUGAAGGCUUCAGAGCUCUGAUCGGGUGGACUUACAGUGAGAUCACAUACAACCCAGAGGAUGACUCUGAUAUGGUGGAAAUGAAGGAAAUCCCAGAUUGUGAAAUAGAGACUGUGCUGAGGGAGAAGUUUAAUGUGGUGUUAGUUAAUAAGCUCACACCUAAAAACAACAAAGCUAAUUAUUGCAUGUAAUACCAAGUAGCACUGUACUAUUUCACACAUUUAAUGGUUAAUACUUCAUCUUGAUAGUCCACCUUGAUGUUCUGUUGACUAUAAGUAACUUUGCAACUACAUGUCAACUAGCAGUCAUUGGAUUUUUAGUAGAGUGAUUAAUAUCUGCCAACCCUUUAUUUCGACGGUCACCCCACAGACUAUCUCUUAGUAUAGGGGCUUCGAAGCAGAGGCUUUUUUUUUUUAAAUUCAGAAAUGUGGAAGUACAUAUCUGCUUUUUGGCAAGUUUGUACCAUAGGAAAUUUAAACAAUUGUAGUUUUAGCAAUGCCUUUUCAGGGUGGGUUGACCAAUGGUGUGUUCCAUAUGAGAUACAUCACUGUUCAAAGGGCACUUCAACGUGAAAGCAAUCAUGGCCACUCAAUAUUGAAGUGCUCACUUUGAAGGGCCCUUUGGAAUGAAGCAAUUCUAAUGGCCGGUUUCCGUUGAUUGGUACAGUACGGGUUGGUACGGGUCACCUUUAUCAGGCUUGCGUUUCCACUGCCUAAAGGGUACAAAGGGUGUGCCGAGGUGUACGACAGAAAGUUUCAGUGGACGCCAUUCUCGCUCGAGGAAAUCUCACUUAAAAUAAAGCUGUUUGGGUCGUUCACAUUCAAUAUGAGAAAUACAAGACAUAAAUACUUGUGUAAAAAUGUUCAUUACUAACUUUUCUAUGAACAUAAUUUGAUUAUAACUGCAGAUCAAUGACAGUGCGAAAUAGCCUACUGUAACGUCUGAAAUUAUAUCAAAUAAAUUAAUAACUGCAAUAUAUAUGAACACAAACAGACCCUUACAGUCUCCGAUAUGUUACCAAUUACAGAAAAACUACACACAGCAGACAUUUAGUGCUUAUUUGGGUUCAAAAACUACACACAACAUAUAGCCCAGUCAGAGCAAACCUCUCAUCUAUAAUCUUUAAUCUUCACAAGCACAUGUAACCUGCGUUAGAAAGUAAUUCUGUCAUUCUGAACCGUACUGUAUCGUACCACUCAGUGGAAACCGGCCAUAAGGGUACAACUGAUGGAUGCUUACAGUCCCCAUAAUCCUUUGCAAUGGAAAGUAGAUCUCCUAAUCUAGGGGUCACCAAACUUGUUCCUGGAGGGCCGCUGUCCUGCCGAGUUUAGCUCCAGCCCUUAUGAAACACACCUGAACAAGCUAAUUAAGGUAUUACUAGGUAUACUUGAAACAUCCAGGCAGGUGAGUCAAGGCAAGUUGGAGCUAAACUCUGCAGCGACAACGGCCAUCCAGGACAAAAAAUUGUGACCCCUACCCUAUUCCAUUCAAACCUGUCACUCUAAACUCUUCCAAGGGAUUAGGGCAGGGGUGUCCAAACUCGGGCCUGGAGGGCCGGUGUCCUGCUGAGUUUAGUUUCAACAUGCUUCAACACACCUGCCAGGAAGUUUCUAUAUCUAGUAAGAGCUCGAUUAGCUGGUUCAGGUGUGUUUGAUAAGGGCCUUUAGAGUUAAACGCCCAAUCCCAAUUAUACCCCUUACCCCAGGACAGAGUGUCGACACCAUUGGAUUAGGGGAAUAGGGAUGAGCCAUUCUGAAUAAAACAAUUAAAAAAUACCUUUCAGAGCAGGGUAAUCCAGUUCAAUAGGAACAAAGUACUACUUAAAUAACAAAAACACAACUUUGAUUACAGUAUCCUCCAUUAUUCAGGGUUUGACGUUAAUGAAUGUUGUGCUUCUAUUACAUCGCAAAAUAAUUUUCAUGACAGUUUCUACAGCUGGUGCAAAUGCAACAAGAAAAAAAAAUGGGCAAAACAAGGACAAGGCAAAAUGUUCUCUGGUGACCACCCUAACAAUGGUGCAGAAGUACAUACUCUUAAAGCUUAAAGUAUACGAAGGCUCUACUAUAAUGAGAAAUCUGACAUAUUGUGGAAUUAAUUAUAGUCGACAGAAUAUUUAGUGUAAAGUAAAUAUGUGCACAUUAAUUAGAAUACAACAUAAUCAACAGAAAAAGAUACUAAUGGCUGCCAAAUGCUGUAGUUCAGACAUCUACCACCUGAGGCUCACAGUGGGAUGAUAAACAGAACAACCGAUCAUUUGUUUAUAAAAAUAAUAAUAGGACAACAAGAACAGUUACUGUGAAAGCCUAUGAUUUUUUAUUUUAUGAGAUAUGAUAACUGCAGCAGUGAUUCUUUGUCUCAGAUUUGCUAAUGAUUAUGUGUGUGUGUGUAUGUAGAUUAGCAAUGAUUUCACUUAUGUUUAAUGGUUGACAGAAACCUGCUCUAAAACACAGAAUGUACAUGGAGUAAAUAAAACUCAUUGGUUUGU